UCAUCAUAAUCGAUUCUAUUUGCAUUCAAUAAAAGAUAGGAAAUGGAUAGGGACUGGGGUGGAAAAACUGGAGGCGGUGGAGUCGCCUCCAGUGAACAAACAGAAGUCUCAAGAAGAGAAAGAUUACGUCAACUUGCUUUGGAAACGAUUGACUUGAAAAAGGACCCCUAUUUUAUGCGCAACCAUUUGGGAGGUUAUGAGUGUAAAUUAUGUCUAACGUUACAUACCAACGAAGGAAAUUAUCUUGCGCAUACACAGGGAAGAAGACAUCAGAUGAACCUUGCUCGCCGUGCAGCUAGAGAAGCAAAAGAAAAGCCUCAAACAGUGGCACCUCCUCCAAAGAUAGUACCAAAGAAAACUAUCAAAAUUGGAAGGCCUGGUUAUCGUAUCAUCAAGCAACGGGAUCCAGAAACAGAUCAACUCAGUUUAUUAUUUCAAAUACAGUAUCCGGAAAUUGCGGAAGAUGUUCAACCAAGGCAUCGUUUUAUGUCUUCUUUUGAACAAAAAGUUGAAAGACCUGACCCAAAGUAUCAAUUUUUAUUAUUUGCAGCAGAGCCUUAUGAAACCAUUGCCUUCAAGAUACCCAACUGGGAAAUUGAAAAAUCAGAGGGUAACUAUUAUUUGCACUGGGAUAAGGAUAACAAAACUUUCACUCUUCAAAUAUACUUUAAGCCACGCUCACAGCCUCCUGUAAAGAAUCAACAAGAAAUACCAUCACAGCAAGCUUCAGUUGGCAACUUAAUGAAGCAACAAAGGGAUCCUUUUGCUCCUAUUGCCUUUGGAACCUGACGAGAAUAUUCAUCUGAGUCUCCAAUUAUGUUUUUUAAAGUAUUAGGAUGAUCAUCAUUGUCUCUACGAAAGUGUGAAUGGUUGCUUCCCUUGGCGAAUAAAGGCUCCAUUGGAAUG